AUGUGGCAAACGCAUAAAACGGAAAGCACCAACAUGGUGACCUUUCCCAAUCUGCGAAGUCGAGGAGCGGCGGACGGGCAGAUCCCUCCUGGUAAACCACUGACUACACGCAGCCGCAGCACCGACUCCAUGCAGUGGAGACUGAAGCUGGCUAAACGGCUUUCAAUUGUGGACUUGAUCGAUCGCGAUUAG